AUGACCGACCAAAGUAAAAAUGUUGAGCUUUUAUUCCUCCCGCCGCCGAUCCCCUCACUGCAGUCCAUGCCUCCCUGCUUCCUUUUGCAGCGAGCCAAAGCCCGUUCGUGCCCGCCCACGCGCCCAGCCAAGGGCCAGCCCCCCCUUCCCGGCGAAAGCGCCAUCGAAUACACCACGCCCUCAGCACAACCCCCCACUGCAUGCUCUCAGGCUGCGUUCCCUUGUCAACUUCCACAUCCAUACACGCCUCAAGACCUUGCCCCCUCCUGA